AUGAAAUAAACAAAAAAGAGAGUUAGCUAUAUAAAAAAUUAAAAACCUACCAACAUUGAAUGGAUCCUCAAUCUCUUGGAUCAAAUACCCAAAUAUUAGCUAUAGCAAUCGAAUAUGAAGAAAAUUUCAGCAGCCUAAUUGAGUAAUCUUCAAGAAUGUGAUCAAUUGCUGAAAUCGAGUUUGUACACUUUCGAUACAAAAAUCAACAAAUUCACAUAGAUGUCAUUUACACUCUACCCCAACAUGCUCAUUGGAGACAAUCAGGAGUACUUGGUCUUGUCGUCCUGCAUAAUGAGCAAGAAGAUAAUCCAAUAUAAGGAAUUUACAGCCCAAGGAGUCCAAUUGCUCAAUAAUCAAGGCAACCUAUUCUUAUUUUACGAGUCUUACGUUUAGCAAUUAAAUUGGGAGAAGCAAUUGAAGAGAUUUUCCAAACAAUAAAAUUUUUCCAAUAAAUACACAAUUCAAGAGAAACUUUCUAUAUAAAAUCAUUACGCUUGUGUGAAGAACAAAAACAAUCGUGUCUAUACUGUUUAACUCAUAAGAUUGUCGAGUCUGAGUGAAUAACUUUAUGAAGCUCUGAUGAACGAAAUAAACAUCUUAAUGUGUUUCAAACAAAAUGGAUUGCAUCAGUUCCACUCUUUAUUUGAGGAUGGAGACAUCCUCUACAUAUUGUAUGACUAUUGGGUAGGAGACACUUUGUAUAAAUUGAUCCAACAAGGGUUUAAAUUGACAGCUUCUUAAAUAGCCCAAAUAAUCUUCCAGAUUGUCAAAGUGGUUCGUUUUUUGCACCAGAAUAAUCUAUAUCAUGGAGCCAUACUUCCGACCAAUAUAAUUUUGCACAGAGUGACAACUCCUUCGAAUCAAUAAGGACAAUAAUUGAAAAUUACGAUAUUCAAUUUUGCCUAUAGAGAUGCGAAUCAAUACAGUUUGGCUUGGCUGAAUAAGAAAGUGCCAAAGUAAUGGAUACCGCCUGAAUUUAACAUCCUACAGAUCAAACCUGAGUUUUCUAAUAUUGAUGGAUAUCAAAUUGGAGUCUUGUUGUACUAUUUGACCUUCCACACAAAUGCUAACAAAUCAUAAUUGUCAUUUUACAAAUCGCUAGAUAAUUUUAAAAUAGAUUAUCAAUGGUUGAAGUCAAUAAAAUAGGAAUAAUAAAAGGAAUACUCCUUUUCUCUGAUUGAAUUGUUGUGUGGGUUGUUGGACCCAGAUUUUUAGAAUAGGAUUACUUUGAACAACGCUUUAGCUCAUUAGUGGUUAACAAAUCAGAGACAAAAAUAAAAUGUUUAAAAUGAGAAACCUAAGAUAUUGCCAUCUUUGAGGACAAUAUUGGAAUUGAGAGAGCAAAGUUCUUGUGAAAUGCUUUCAUCUCGACUUGGUAAGGAGGAACUGCAUGUAACAAGUUCAAGCGAGGAUGAUGUGGAGUUCUGUGAUGAUGAAUACAUACAUAGAAUUUCAAAAGAAAAUAAUAAAAUACCAUAUUAUUAAAAUAUACUGAAUUUGAUUCCAAACAAACAUCCAUCUAGAAGUAAAUAAGUUAUAGAUUAAUGUUAAGAGAGUUAAUUUUGA